GUGAACGUGAGCUGCGAGGGGAAGCGCCGGUGCGGGGUGUGGCGGGGCGAAGGCACUGGCACGCGAUAACAGUCUCGCGCGUCCAAACACGGUCAUCACAACUCGCUUUCGAGAAUCGACGACUCCAAUAUCCUGGGACGUUUGUCGAUUCAACUCAGACCUUGGCUCUUACCACCUCCCUUUCCCACCCGACACUCCCAUUUCAACCAUGGAUCCGGGGUUCUCUAUGGACGACAUUGCUCCGAUCGCCAUCCUUAUGGAUGAACUGCGGGCGGAAGACGUUCAACUUCGUCUGAACGCCAUACACCGCAUCUCCACCAUCGCCCUUGCCCUAGGCCCUGAACGUGCUCGCGAGGAGCUCAUUCCCUUCUUGCAGGACUCUGUGGAUGACGAGGAUGAGGUUUUACUGGCGUUGGCGGAGGAGCUGGGGAGGAACUUCGAGCAGUACAUCGGCGGGGCAGAGUAUGCACACAUCUUGCUCGGGCCUCUAGAGAACCUCUCUGCAGUCGAAGAGACGCUUGUGCGAGACAAGGCCGCAGAGUCGAUCACCAAAAUAUCCGCCGUCAUGACCCAAGCCCAAAUCGAGCAGUUCUAUAUCCCUCUCCUCAAUCGACUCUCGCACGGCGAGUGGUUCACAUCGAGGACGUCUUCAUGCGCACUCUUCCCAUCGGUGUACGACAAGGUCUCUCCUCCAGUCCAGGAUGAGCUGCGAAGAAGCUUUGCGACGUUAGGUACGGAUGACACGCCGAUGGUGCGGCGAGCAGCUUCGAAGUGGCUUGGGCCGCUGGUCAAGAACUUCUCCAAACCCCAUGUACUCGGAGAUGGUCUCGCGAUCUACCGCAGGCUCCAGUUGGAUGACCAGGACUCCGUCCGUCUAUUGACCGUCGAAGAUCUCAUCGCCAUCGCCCAAUCGUUCUCUCCAGCAGAGGUGAAGGAGCAUCUGCUCAAGCAGAUCAGGCAGACGGUCGGGGAUAAGAGCUGGCGCGUGCGGUAUAUGUCGGCGUCUCACUUCAAUGAGCUUGCGGAGGCAGUCGGGCAGGAACUCGUCCGAGAAGAACUGAUCGGACACUACGUGCAGCUCCUGAAAGACAACGAAGCCGAAGUUCGCACUGCUGCGUCGGGACAGAUUCCAGGAUUCUCCAAAUUACUUGAGAAGGAUGUCAUCUUGAACCGGGUCGUUCCCUGCGUGCGCGACCUCUGUCAAGAUACGUCUCAGCACGUCCGUGCUGCCCUGGCAAACCAGAUCAGCGGUCUCGCUCCGUUGCUCGGAAAAGACUCCACAAUCGAGCACCUCCUUCCCCUGUUCCUGCAUCUCCUGAAAGACGAGUUCCCCGAAGUCCGGCUGAACAUCAUCAGCAAACUUGACCAGGUCAACGCUGUGAUCGGCAUUGAACUUUUGUCGGAGAGCUUGCUCCCGGCCAUCGUCGAGCUGGCUGAAGACAAGUCAUGGCGCGUCCGGCAGGCCAUCAUCGAGUACAUCCCUCUGCUCGCGAAUCAGCUGGGCAAGUCGUUCUUCGAUGAGCAACUCGGGAACCUCUGCAUGUCGUGGCUCGGAGACAACGUGUACAGCAUUCGCGAGUCGGCGAUUGUCAACCUGAAGAAGCUCACUGAAGUGUUCGGUGUGGAGUGGGCGAAAGUCCAGAUCGUACCGAAGGUGGUCGGCAUGGGGCAACAUCCUAACUAUCUGUACAGAAUGACAACUGUCCAGGCGAUCACAGUCAUCGCACCGUCCUUGACGCUCGACAUCGUCCGUGCCGAGAUCCUCGACAACCUGCUGCACCUCGGGAACGACCCGAUACCCAACAUUCGCUUCAACGUCGCAAAGGCCCUGGAGGUCUUUGCGGCUACAUUUGGAGACACCGCCGAGGGCCGCCAGCUAAUCCAGCAGAAGGUGCUGCCUGUACUGGAGGCGCUCAAGAACGACUCGGAUGCGGACGUACGCUUCUUCGCUCUCCGCGCCUUACAGAAAGCGCACGAGGUCGGCGCUUGAGGGGAACAUUCAUGUCCACGCUGUUGGGCUGGUGGGUCCCCUGCGAUAGACGUCAUGCAAUAGGAUGGGAUGAUCGGGACAUGAAGAACGAGAAUGUAUUGUACAGCUCCUUUGUUUCGUUGUCAAUAUUCCAGCUGCUCCUUUGUCAAGUCGGUCCU